AUGCGCGAGGUGGUCGCGCCCGGCAUCUACAAGGCGCGCUACUACGUGCUCGCCGUCGCCCUCGCGACGCUCGUCGCCUCUGUCGCCGUCACGGCGGUUCUGUGGGAGUCGGGAGAGACGCAGACCUUCGCCGACUCCAACCCGCUCGCUCUGGCGGGCUACGGCGGCGGCGGCAUCCCAAAGGACCACUUCACCUCGGACGUGGUGUUCAAGAUGACCAUGUGCUACGGCUUCGAGGAGAAGGCGUCCCGGUACCCGUACAACUGGCUGCUCUUCGCGCAGGGCGAGGACGGGUUCGCCGUCGACGUCAAGUACGACGCCGGCGUGGACUUCGACGCGGCGCUGCAGCAGAAGAUUGUCGACGACUGCGACAGAGUGGCGGGCGCUGCUUACGCCGCGUACGUCCGAACGGGUGCGGACGGCAACGGCGAGGCGUACUGCAUCCUGAACCAGCUGCGCGCCGCCAACUCCUCCGCCUUCCCGUACGCCACCGAGGCGGAGCUGGCGGCGGCGCUGGUCGACUUCUACGCGUCGCCCGCGUACGCCGCGCUCCUCUCGGCGACGGACGGCUGGGCGCUGUACGCGGGUUUCGUCGUGGAGGGCGGCGACGCCUACUGGCACUCCUUCAACACCACCGUCCCCGCCAACAUCGAGUUUAUCGACACGGUGCUGCAGGGCCCCGUCGACGACUGGAAGAGCAUCGUGGGCGCCGAGUGCGGCGGCGACGGCGAGCAGGACUUCUGCUCACCCACGCGCACCGGGCCUUGCACAGACUUCUGCUUCGCCACCGACCUGGGCAACAUCCACUACCUGUGGUGGCUGCUCGAGGUCUGCAUGAACACCGCCAUCAAGGGCAUCGUCGUCUCGCUCUUCGUCGCGUUCGCGGUCGUGCUGCUCUCUUCGGCCAACUGGAUUAUGGCGGCGCUCGCCACGCUGACCAUCGGCUCGGUGAUGUCCUCCGUCAUCGCCUCGGUGCUGCUGGUCGGGUACGACAUCGACGCGGGCGCGUGCGUCCUCAUCAUCAUGGUCAUCGGCAUGGCCAUCGACUACGCGGUGCACAUGGCGCACGCGUACAACGAGGCCCACGGCGGGCGGCAGGAGAAGGCGUCCGAGGCGGUGCAAGGCAUGGGCAUCUCGGUGCUCAGCGGCGCGGGCACGACCAUCGGCGCCGCCGUCCCUCUCCUCUUCGCCUCCUUCCUCUUCUACGUCAAGAUGGGCUGGUUCAUCUUCUUCGUCGCCCUCUGGGGCGUCAUCUACUCGUUCACGAUGCUCGUGCCGCUGAUGAUGAUCUGCGGGCCCGAGGGCACGCAGGGGGACGUCACUCAUCUGCUGCGCUGCCGCGCCGUGGUGAAGGCGGAGCCAAAGGUGGUGGAUGAAAAGGUGGGCUCGACUCCGCCCCGCACCUCUGCCAACACGCUCUGCCUCGCGACCGCACCGUCGGCCUCGGUGGAGGCUUCCAACGCCGCGUCCGGCGGCGCCUGCUCGCCCGGAGGCGCCGCAGACGAGGCGACAGAGGGCGCGGCGUGA